GGAAGUGAGGACUGGGAGCGGAAAAAUAGCCCGUGUGCGGCGCUAAUCGCUGCACAGUUACGGACUAAAACAGCAACAACAACCGCAACGGCAGUCAGAAUACGCCGUCUGGCGUUAUAUUCGCUUCGGAACGCAUUAACACUCCGAAAAUAGGGCUCUGUCAGCAACCCGAGAAAACCAUGCCGCGCAGAAAGAGGACUGCAGGAAGCAGCUCGGACGGCACCGAAGAUUCAGACUCGUCCGCUGAUCUGGAGCACACGGACAGCUCUGAGAGCGAUGUGAACACGCGCAAAAACACUCGUCUAACUCGUGCCUCCGUGCGCCUUAGCCAGAGCUCCCAAGAUUCCAGUCCAGUCCGGAACGUACCGGCCCUGGGUUCAGAAGAUGCCGCCUUUUCCACCAGGCGCGUGACCCGUAGCCAACAACAGGGGGCACCAGUUACCCCCAAGAAAUACCCCCUUCGGCAGAGUCGCUCCUCUGGGUCCGACACGGAGCAGGCGGUGGACUACUCAGACAGGGACCUCAAGCAUGCCGUUGAUCACGAUGAGUCUCCGCCCCGGACACCCACUGGCAACGCUCCGUCAUCAGAGUCCGACAUCGACAUCUCAAGCCCUAAUGCCUCCCAUGAUGAAAGCUUAGCCAAGGACAUGUCCCACAAAGACUCCGGCAGUGACCUCUCCCAUCGGCCCAAGCGCCGCCGCUUCCAUGAGAGCUAUAACUUCAACAUGAAGUGUCCGACUCCAGGCUGCAACUCAUUAGGACAUCUAACGGGAAAACAUGAGAGGCAUUUUUCCAUAUCUGGAUGCCCUCUGUACCAUAACCUGUCUGCAGAUGAGUGCAAGGUUCGAGCUACUAGCCGGGACAAGCAAGUGGAAGAGAGGACACUUUCGCACCGGCAGGAUGAAAACAACAGACAUGCUACUCGCCACCAGGCACCGACGGAGAGGCAGGUGAGGUACAAGGAGAAGGUGACAGAAAUGAGGAAGAAGAGGAAUGCGGGGCUCCUUAAAGAGCAGAAGGAGAAGUACAUGGAGCACCGGCAGACCCACGGCAACACCAGAGAGCCUCUUCUUGAGAACAUCACUAGUGAUUAUGACCUGGAGCUCUUUAGAAAAGCCCAGGCACGUGCUUCAGAGGAUCUUGAGAAACUGCGGCUCCAGGGCCAAAUCACUGAGGGGAGCAACAUGAUCAAGACCAUCCUGUUUGGCCGCUAUGAACUGGGCACCUGGUACCACUCGCCUUAUCCUGAGGAGUAUGCCCGUCUGGGGCGUCUCUACAUGUGCGAGUUCUGCCUCAAGUACAUGAAGAGCCAGACCAUUCUGCGCAGGCACAUGGCGAAGUGUGUGUGGAAACACCCUCCUGGGGAUGAGAUCUACCGGAAGGGAGCCAUCUCUGUGUUUGAGGUGGACGGCAAGAAAAACAAGAUUUACUGCCAGAAUCUCUGUUUGCUAGCUAAGCUUUUCCUGGACCACAAGACACUGUACUACGACGUAGAGCCAUUUCUGUUCUAUGUCAUGACAGAAGCGGAUAACACAGGAUGCCAUCUCGUUGGGUAUUUCUCUAAGGAGAAGAAUUCCUUCCUGAACUAUAACGUGUCUUGCAUCUUGACAAUGCCACAAUACAUGAGGCAGGGCUACGGCAAGAUGCUGAUCGAUUUCAGUUACCUGCUGUCCAAAGUGGAGGAGAAGGUGGGCUCCCCUGAGCGUCCCCUUUCCGACUUGGGCCUCAUCAGUUACCGGAGCUACUGGAAGGAGGUGCUGUUGCGCUACCUGCACAACUUCCAGGGCAAGGAGAUCUCCAUCAAAGAGAUCAGCCAGGAGACAGCGGUGAACCCUGUGGAUAUUGUUAGCACACUCCAGUCCCUCCAGAUGCUUAAGUAUUGGAAAGGAAAGCACCUUGUCUUAAAGAGACAGGACCUUAUUGAUGAAUGGAAAGCUAAGGAGACCAAGAGAGGCAACAACAACAAGACCAUUGACCCCAGCUCUUUAAAAUGGACCCCACCCAAAGGAACAUAGAAUUGGUGCACACAACAGCUCACCACAUAGAUCACUGUACCCCGCAGAUUCCCUCAACAAAACUAUCCAGAUAGCAAACCAGUCAAUAGUAGGUGUAGAGCUGUCACUGUCAUUGAGAGUAAGGUUAAUGUGGGGGCUGCUCCUGUGAAUUAUUGAGGGAUGUUUUUGUGCAUUUUCAGUUUUACUACUUUGGGUAUCACUACAAUAUCUCCGCAUCCAGUUUUCUCCAUACAUCAUUUUGCUCAUUGGUUUGUUCUCAGGUUUUGAUUAUUAUUUUUUUUUUUAAAGUUCAGCCAAAAGAAACUGAAAUGUUGAAGAAAAUCUUCAUUCAUCUUCAAGCCAGACAUUAGACAUCUAAAUUAUUUGUAAAAGACAUCAUUCUUUAAACCCCUCAGUAAUUCAUCUGAGAUUCAGUUGUAGUGGGUAAUGUCCCUUUGGAAUACCACUGGAAGAACAGUUUUCUGGUCAGAUUACUUGUAUUGUUCAUGUUACUCUUAAAUACACAUAAAAGGGAAAGCCCAGAAUCAAAGUAUUAAGACACCUCCUCCUAUUUUUUUUUUUCCCGCCCAUUUGUCAGAAUACCCUAAUGAAAUGUUAAGCUUUUUAUUUUCUGUGGAUCCAAGCCCUCAGCAGAUUUAGUAACUGGGCCUGUGAAAUCAUCAAUGUUCAGAGUAUAAAUGUCCGUGAGUGUGGGUGGUUAGCUUUGAGAUGCCAGCUGCUGCACCAUGCAGUGUCCAACAACCCUCAUGAGAUCGGGGCCAUCAGCCAACCGUGUCUUCAUAUUUACUGAUACCUGGAAUUAUUUUUUUUUGUUAGGAUUGUGGAAGAAGAUAACAUUCGAGUAGUCAUCCUGCAAAAGUAAAAGUUCAAUAACCCCGCCCUUCAGCACUUACGUACCACACUUUAAAAUAUCAUUCACUCCUACCUUUUAACAUCUGUAGGCAUGUGUACUUAAUUGAAAAGAUUAGUUAUCUAAUGUGCAAAUACUACAGGGCUGGUUAAUAGUUUCCUUCAGCAAAAUGAUUGCGUAAUGAUAUCCUUCCCAAUCAUUCCGUUGGCUAUUUUUAGCAUUUUAUAGUAUUGCUGCAUUUUUUUGUUUUCGUUAGGUAUAUUUUUUCCCUCCCAAAAAUUUGAGUACCAGUAUAAAAGACAGAGUAACCAUUGACUGCAAACCAAGAAGUUGAUGGAAAAAAAUAUGAAACAGCAGCAAUUUUCUAAUACCUUUUUAUUGUUUUAUUUUGUUUUUUUUUUUUUGUAGUUUUAAUAUUUUUUUUAUCCCUUUUAAUGCUGGCAUUUUCUUGAGCGCAGUGAUGGUGUUUGUCAAGCUGAAAUGGUAUCUGGUUGUGUAAUUCACCCUUAGCACAAAGGUAUAAAUGUGAAAUACAAAAAUCUGUUAACCAAAUGUGUAUCUGUCAGCUCCAUCUUUAUCCAUGCAUUCCCAUGGCAAACUCUUGAGAAAGAUUGGGCCAUCGUGCAUUUUUGGACAUUUUGCUACCUGCUGUACUUUGAGCUGAGAACUUUAGGCUAUAGCUAAGGCUUAUGAAGUUGCUAGACUGCAUUUUGAAACCUUUGUUGAGCUCUGUUUGCCCCAUACCAGGAUAAAAUGGUGUGCGCUUCAAGUCACAUGGUGUCUUAAUAUUUUCAGAUAUGAGCAUGUUCCAGGCAGCUAAUGAUAGUGAAGUUAAUGUAGCUUGGCUUCUCCGCAGACUCCGCCUUACUUGUGUAUGGAUGACUAGAGUAGAACCUUUCCAUUUGCCCUUUGCUCUCACCAAGACUGUGGGCACAUCUGGGUCUCAGCAGUGAUUUAUCAGUAUCACCGUUACUUUUUUUUUUUGUACCCGCUUUUCCUCAAUAAACUGAAAAUGGUGAACAAAUA